AUGUAGGAGCGUUUACAAAUUACGGUAGUUCAGUAACAAUGUCGUAAACCAUUUUUUUAAUGUGUAAGAUAUUCUACCGAUAAUAUUAGACAGGCAAGUAUGUUUUAAUUAUUCAGGCGUGAUACCCAUUUAAAUUUGAAGAGAUAAAUGUUCCUAUCAAUUGAUUUUUUUUACGACAACAAAUAACGAUAUACGGUACAUGCAUCACCGUGGCGCUUUGUUUUAAAAUAAUAAUACCCAAACAUGCGCCUGUCUACAUUGACUUCCUUGUUUCUGGCUACUUUAGACGAAGUACGAAAUACCUCUCGAAAGAAAUGCGGAAGAUUUCAUAAACGUAAUCUUAAGCAGGUAACACCAUGUUUAGAACAUGUGCCGAUAGUCGAAAGAAGAUCUUAUGAUCACAAUUAUACAUAGCCAUCGGACUUUAGGGUUCAGGAAAAGUUGAUAGAUGUGGACAUGGUGGAAUACGAGUAUUUUACAACAGAGGAAGCCUGGAAAACUGGAAGGAGAAUUGUGGAACUUGACACAUUAUCUGAAGGUUUAAAGUCAUGUUUUGCCUGUGCCAGCCCUUUAUAUCUGGAAAACACAGUAAACAGUAAGAACUUUGGGCUUGCCAGUGUACUUGACAUCGCUUGUCAGAAGUGCGGCAAAGUCAAACGUGUGCACACUGGUCGUAAGCAUGGGAAAGUCUACGACAUGAACACAAAGCUUGCAAUUGCUAUGGCACAUUCUGGAGUUGGUGUUAGACAGAUAAACAGUAUUUUAUCUGCAUUAAACAUUCCACCUGUCAACCAUUCCUUGCUUGUUAGGAGACAGAAUGAAGCUGGACAGGCAUUAGAGGAUGUUGCCAAAGCCAGAACUGAGAAGUAUUUGCAACAGGAAGUUAACUUGAAUUGAGAGCAGAAAAAUGAAAUUGAAGUCAGUGUGGAUGCUGGGUGGCAGAAAAGAGGGAGUGGGAAGGCAUAUGGUAGUUUUUCAGAACGAACAUCACAUAUUACUCAGAUAGCAGCUGUACAUGAUUCCAGUACAUUUUCUAC